UUUUCGCCAUGCCCACUAAAAAGCCCCUGUCACAGCCUAAGCAUCUGGCGUGCAGUUGAGGAACAGACCGUCGGGGCUGCUGCAGUUUGGUCCAAGACGCACUGCAAGGAUGAAAGGCUACAUUUUCCUUGUUGUGAACUUGGCAGUUUCAGCAGCAUUCUCCCCAAACCCAAAUGGAGCAAUCAUAAAGAAUAUUGGUGAAGAUAAGGACAUUAUAACAGCAAACAAGGAUGGUUCAUUGGAAGAUGAUAUCCUGGAGAAACCAAGGAUACAAAGGAGUUCCAUUACUGAUGUGGACAGCCUGUGGGAUUCCCCAGUCGCAUAUGUUUUGGACAAUGGCCUUGAGCUGAAUGCCAAAGGAGUCACCCUGAGAGCCUUCAACCAGUUCAGGUUAAAGUCAUGCAUUGACUUCAAACCAAGGGACUCUGAGGCCUAUUACAUUUCUGUCCAAAAGUUAGACGGGUGUUUUUCAUAUAUUGGCCGAGUACUACCCAACGGACAGGUCCUUUCCAUCGGGAGGUACUGUGAUGAAAUUUCCACCGUUGAACAUGAGUUCCUCCACGCUUUUGGCUUCUACCAUGAACAGUCCAGACAUGACAGAGAUGAGCAUGUGACCAUUGUCUACGAGAACAUCGAAGAAGGUCGUGAGCAUAAUUUUGAUAAAGUCAGCAAUGAAACCAGCACCACCCAUGGAGUCCCGUAUGACUACAAUUCAGUGAUGCAUUAUGGCAAAGAUGCAUUCAGCAAUGGCAAUGGAUCAACAAUUAUCACCAUUGACCCAGAGUUCCAGGAUGUUAUUGGUCAAAGACUGGAAAUGAGUCCCAGUGAUGUUCAGGAGCUGAACCUCCUCUACAACUGCAACUCAACCAUUGCAUUUAUGAUGCACUGCAGCUUCUCUGACGGGAACAUGUGUCAAAUGAAUGGCUGUUCACAGAGUGGCAGUGGCUGGGAAAUGGUAACACAUGCUCCCGGGGGUCCUACAUCUGACCACACCAGUCUACCCAGUGGCACUUCUAAUCAUAGUCAAGAUACAGGUUACUUCAUGCAUGCUAGCACAGCGGGAGGGAUGGAGGGAGACUCAGCCCGGCUGGAGACCCACACGAUGAGUCCUAAUAGAGAUUGUCAUGUCCAGUGUCUCCAGUUCUACUACUACCAUAGCGGAAACCAGUCAGACCAGCUGAACAUCUGGAUCAGAGAGUUUCAAGAUGAAUGGGACCCCAUGGGAACCCUCCAUCUCAUGGGACAGAUCACUGGUCAACCAACAUCUCACUGGCAGCUCCAGCAUGUUUCCCUGAAUGCCACCAAGCACUUCCGGGUGGAAUUUGAGGUUCGUAGAGGAGCAGGAACAUCAUCAGGCGGCUUCUCAAUUGAUGACAUCAAUCUGUCCGAACUUGAAUGUCCAGACGUAACCAUGCAGAUUGAUGAUUUUGACAACCUUUUGACCACGAGUGCAUAUGCAACCAUUCUAAACAGCCCUCGGCACUACUCCAGUGGGGGCUAUGCUUACUCAUUUGGGGUUGGGCUGUAUGGGACAUAUUUUGGACUGUUUGUGCAACUGACGUCUGGUGAAAAUGAUGACCAGCUGGAGUGGCCUUGCAUAAACAGGCAGGUGACCUUCCAAAUGCUGGAUCAGAACCCCAACAUCCAGCUGCAGAUGUCCAAACAAGCAAGUUUCACCACUGACCUAGGCACAUCCAAUGAUGGUACCUAUUUAUGGGGCAAUCCUCGUGAGAUUGGAACUUCAUAUGUAGAUGACAAUAAUGAGACCAUCUUUGUUGGACCUCUGCUUGGCAAACGUUAUUUUGCUGAUUCAGAGGAAAUACAAACCAGAAACUUCCUCAAGGGAGGGAGUGUCGUUUUUGUCUUCAGCUUCCAAGAUCUUACUCCUCUGGUUAAUGGAAGUGUUCUUCCAUGUCCUCAAGUGGAACCGGUGAUGAUGACACAUCCGCCUGAAGAUCUGGAUAACGCCCCAUGCUCACCACGGAUUGUACCCACCACUCAUCCAGUAACCACCAUUCCUCCAUCACCCACUACUCAUCCAGAAAUCACCUCUACUCCAUAUCCCACCACUCAUCCAGAAAACACCACUCAUCCACAUCCCACCACUCAUCCACAUCCCACCACUCAUCCAGAAAACACCACUCAUCCACAUCCCACCACUCAUCCAGAAAUCACCACUCAUCCACAUCCCACCACUCAUCCAGAAAUCACCACUCAUCCACAUCCCACCACUCAUCCAGAACCCACCACUAACACACCACUCAUCCACAUCCCACCACUCAUCCAGAACACACCACUCAUCCACAUCCCACCACUCAUCCAGAACACACCACUCAUCCACAUCCCACCACUCAUCCAGAACACACCACUCAUCCACAUCCCACCACUCAUCCAGAACACACCACUCAUCCACAUCCCACCACUCAUCCAGAACACACCACUCAUCCACAUCCCACCACUCAUCCAGAACCCACCACUCAUCCACAUCCCACCACUCAUCCACAUCCCACCACUCAUCCAGAAAUCACCACUCAUCCACAUCCCACCACUCAUCCACAUCCCACCACUCAUCCAGAACACACCACUCAUCCACAUCCCACCACUCAUCCAGAAAUCACCACUCAUCCACAUCCCACCACUCAUCCAGAAAUCACCACUCAUCCACAUCCCACCACUCAUCCAGAAAUCACCACUCAUCCACAUCCCACCACUCAUCCAGAAAUCACCACUCAUCCACAUCCCACCACUCAUCCAGAAAUCACCACUCAUCCACAUCCCACCACUCAUCCAGAAAUCACCACUCAUCCACAUCCCACCACUCAUCCAGAAAUCACCACUCAUCCACAUCCCACCACUCAUCCAGAAAUCACCACUCAUCCACAUCCCACCACUCAUCCAGAUCCCACCACUCAUCCAGAACACACCACUCAUCCACAUCCCACCACUCAUCCAGAAAUCACCACUCAUCCACAUCCCACCACUCAUCCAGAAAUCACCACUCAUCCACAUCCCACCACUCAUCCAGAAAUCACCACUCAUCCACAUCCCACCACUCAUCCAGAAAUCACCACUCAUCCACAUCCCACCACUCAUCCAGAAAUCACCACUCAUCCACAUCCCACCACUCAUCCAGAAAUCACCACUCAUCCACAUCCCACCACUCAUCCAGAAAUCACCACUCAUCCACAUCCCACCACUCAUCCAGAAAUCACCACUCAUCCACAUCCCACCACUCAUCCAGAUCCCACCACUCAUCCAGAACACACCACUCAUCCACAUCCCACCACUCAUCCAGAAAUCACCACUCAUCCACAUCCCACGACUCAUCCAGAAAUCACCACUCAUCCACAUCCCACCACUCAUCCAGAGAUCACCCGUCAUCCAUCUAGAACAACAGAUGACAGCAUUUUUGGCUCCUCUGUUGCUUUGGUGUGCUCUCCUGUCCUCACCCUCUUGCUGACACUGAUGCUUUUAAUACCUUGAUGUACGUCUCCUCUCGGGCACAUCUCACCUCUGCACAUGGACAGGACCAGAAGAUCUGCCACUGGCUGAGAAAUUCAGCAGAUUUUACUAUUUAUUCUUCUUCUCUUGUGGUUUCUGUGGAAAUAAUAAAAACUUGAACUAAUAAAAGGAAAGAAGGAAUGGGUAAAGAACUCAUUGUAGAUGCUGUGUAUUGGCGGUAAUGAAAUAUCUGUUCUACAGUGGUGUUUGGUGUUUGGACCAUAUUCAUAUUUGGAUUUUCUUUUUUGGGCUAAUGUUGAAACUGUACUUUGAUUUCUUACAAUAUAGCAGACCAUCAAAGAAAUGGAAAAAAAACUUGAUUUUAACUGGUUAAUAAAAAGAAAAGGUUACUUUGAGCCCUUUUAUUUUUUCAUGAAAAAAUACAUACAUACUCUAGGUUUAUGAUAGGAGGUGAAAUUCUGUAGCUCUUUCUGUACUGUGAUUCUGAUUCAACAAGCAUAUUUAAGAAUAAAAGAAAAUGCAUGCAA